AGUUUUAUGUCCGAAAACUUCGACUUUUUUAAGCCCAUUUUUAAGGAGGAGACAAUAUAAAGAAUAAAAACCUGGCAUUUUAAGCCUUCCUGCUGCACUUCACCACUUUUUUAAGAGGGGGACAAGUUAAAAAGCUCAAAUUUUAAGCCUCUCAUCACAGCAUUUCGUACAUUUUUAUGGGGGGAGACAAAGUAAAGUCUUUCAAACACACUUAACACGUGUAAUAAGGUAUAUAUAUUAUCCUGUAAAGUUGUGUUGAAUGUUUAAACUAGAAUUGGGAUGGAGCCAAUGGAGAAAUUUAACAACUUUGGUACCGAUCAAACAUGGCGAGCGGGGAAGAUAUAGAUCAAAAGCUGUACCUCUUCCUAGACAGGAACACAUGCUGCUAGUUUGUUGUAGCAACUGACUGUUGUAUGUUAAGACUUUUCACACGUUUUCGCCUCGGCUAUUUUUAUAUAAUCGGGCCAUUUAUUUUUUGACACAAACGUGGUAAUUUGACGCCCCGUUUGUACCAUUCGCCAACCGCCAGUUGACUCUAUACAUCACGACGAUGACGUGUACCCUUGACUAAUUAUUCAGUCUAGGAUCCACAGGAAAAACAGUCGUAAACGGGCUACCGAAAAUACCCCGAAUAUUCCUUAUUUUAGAAUGAUGGAUUGCCUUCUGCUUCUGAUACUUUCUUCCAGGGUGUGAAUGAGUUUCGUAAGUAUGUCGAAUGUGGUAUGGGUUGAGGGUGUUGAUGCUGGAUUAUUACGAGCAUCCCUAACGAGAUUUUAGCCCAAAACUGAUGCCGGAGGAAGGUCACACCUCACAUCGUCGUGUCAGUUUUGAAUUAAGAAUAAGCUGUGAAGCUGACGUGAAUAAUUCGCCGUUUGGAAGUUGAGAGUUGGUGAUGUCAGGAGGCCAACCUCCUAUCUUACCUUCCCAUUUUUGUGAUAACGGAAGAUCAGGCCUUACCGAAUCCGUCCAGGGACCCACUUGCACGUGCCAUUGCGAUCUUUACCAUCAAUGGAUGCCUACACCGAUUAAUUUUUAUAAUGGCUCCUUGUAUCCCUCGGAGCCCUAUCUCUCGCAGGAGCAGCCCUUGUAUUCGGGUGUUGCCGCCAAGGAAAGCCAAGAGGGUUGGAGGAGCCUGUGCUGCCCGAUCUACACCCCAUACGAUCCAACGGGGGUGGCGUACCCUUUCGUCACGGGCUACAACAUGGACUUGAACGUGGCCAGAAGGAAGAAUGCUACCAGAGAAACAACCAGCACCUUGAAGGCCUGGUUGAACGAGCACAGGAAGAACCCUUACCCCACCAAAGGGGAGAAGAUCAUGCUGGCCAUCAUCACCAAAAUGACGUUGACGCAGGUGUCCACGUGGUUUGCCAAUGCCAGAAGGAGGCUGAAGAAGGAGAACAAGAUGACGUGGGAACCGCGUAGCAGAUGCGAAGAUGAUGAUGACGAUAAGGAAUGCCACUCCGAGGAUGAAGGAGAAGAAGAGAAGAAGGAAGAGCAAGAAAGCAAACGAUCCUGCUCCAGUUUGUCAACAGAAGAGGGCCAUUCGAGCCACCAAACAGACAGCAAGGUGCCCACGAAACCGCGAAUUUGGUCGAUCGUCGACAUGGCCACCUCGGACCACCACAGCAGCAAGACCAAACCCAGUGCCUGGUGUCACGUGACAGCGAACUCGAACCCGCCGACAGGCAGUGAUUCAUUAAACAGAUUGAGGACAGCCGCCACGAAUUACGAUCCCUCUAGUGCCGGAAAUUUGAAAGUUCCUAAACAGGACACGUCCUGAAAAACUGCAGGCCUCCAUCCCCCUUCUGCACUUUGUGUAUGUGUGUGUGUGUGUGCGUGUGUAUAUAUAUAUAUAUAAAUAUAUAUAUAUAAAAUCCGGUUUUGUGGAGGAAAACGGACAUAUAUAAAAAAAAAACUUGUAUAAGAAACUUAUAUAGAAUUCUUGGUCGUGCUGCACAGGUGAGUUGAGACAAUAAACAGGUAUUCUCUCAUA